AUACAAACACUGAACCCCAAAUGCUAUAAGUUUGCUAUAAUUUCUAGUGAUACAUAGGUUUACUGAAAUUUUCAUAUCUCUGAUUUGCAAAUGAUCCCUUUGCUUCUAAUUGACACACAUUCACAUGUUUAUCAACCCUUAUCAAUAUUCUUUCAGCUUCUCUCUGAAAUGAAUUGAAGAACUGAUUGUUUGACAGAACUGGAAAUAUAGAUCUAAUUUCUUAUAAUAACACAAUUUUUGAGAAAACAAUGACCAAAAUACAAUAAAGAAAAACAGUAGGCUACAUAGGCUAACAUUUCACAGUUUUUAGUUUCCGCCAGUAGAGGGCGCUCGUGCAACCGAAGCAAUGACACACAUCCGAGUCUAGGAGAAGAAGAGAAGUGAGCGAGGGAAGGGAACAUAAACAUGAGAAGUGGAACACAGCCGUUCAUUCUGCGCUAAAUCUGAUGCAUAUUUCAAACUGAGAAGCAGCAAGCAGGAGGAAUUACUCUGGGAAAAACUACUGACAUACUGUUGUAAAGAUGGAGAUUAAAGAAGAACCCUGCAGAAUAAAAGAUGAAGAUACAGAGGAACAAAUAGACCCAAUGAAAGUGAAUGAAGACAAACAGCAUCAUUUUACAAAUGAAGAUGGAAAACUGACACAUACCAAUGAAGACAAACAACAUCUGUUUCAAAAAUCUCAUUAUUUCAAAAAUGAAGAUGGAAAUGCAGUCAUUUCACAGACUGAAGAGAAUUUCACACAAAAACAAGCUGGAAAAUCUGGAGUCAAAGGAUUUUUCACCAGCUCUGAGUGUGGAAUGUUUUACUUGCAUGAAUCAGACCUUAAGAAACACGUGGAAUCUCACACUGGAGAAAAUCUGUUCACGUGCCCUCAGUGUGGAAAGAGUUACACACAUAAAAAAAACCUAAAUGAUCACAUAAGAACUCACACUGGCGAAAAUCUGUUCACAUGCCCUCAGUGUGGAAAGAGUUACACACACAAAAAAAACCUAAAUGAGCACAUAAGAAUUCACACUGGAGAAAGGCCUUAUACAUGCACUCAGUGUGGAAGAAGUUUCAUACGUAAAGGAACCUUAAAUAACCACAAGAGAAUUCACACUGGAGAAAAACCGUUCUCAUGCUCUCAAUGUGGAAAGAGUUUCAGACAUAAAAAAAACCUAAAUGUGCACAUGAGAAUUCACACUGGAGAAAAACCGUUUACAUGCACUCAGUGUGGAAAGAGUUUCAAGCGCAAAAGCUCUCUCAAUGAUCAUCUGCGCCGUCACUCCGGAGUGAAGUCGUUCAGCUGCGAUCAGUGUGACAAAACAUUUGUUGUGGAAACAAACUUAAAAAGACACCUUAACAUUCAUACUGGUGUGAAGUUGCACUUUUGUUCUUUUUGUGGAAAGAGUUUUUCACUACUGAAGUAUUUAAAAGUCCAUGAGCGUGUUCAUACUGGUGUGAGACCUUAUGUGUGCUCUGACUGUGGGAAGAGCUUUACUACACAAACACAGUUAAAAACACACCUGAGAAGUCAUACUGGAGAGAAACCGUACAAGUGCUCACACUGUGGAAAGAGUUUUGCUCGGUCAGGAGACAUGAAAGAUCAUGAGAGAGUUCAUACUGGAGAGAAGCCGUACCAGUGCUCUUCAUGUGGGAAAAGUUACAACAAAUUAUUUUUUCUACGGACUCAUGAGAAAAAGCAUUGCUUGAAGUUGUCUAAGUGAGCAAAGUUCACAUUCACAUCCAUGAUUUACAAAUAUUGCACUGACAAAUUAUUUGACAUUCAGAUUGUUUCAACAGAGUGAUUUAAUCUAAGAGGGUAAUUUGCUAAAAUAGUAGUGAAGUUUAAAUCUGGUACAGUUUGCUCAAGCAUUGCCCUUUUCUUUUCACCCAGGUGAGAAAAAAAUUCUAUAAUGUACUUAAAGUGCUCUAUUUUCACGCACUAAUAUUGUACUUAAUAUACUAAAAAUUCUUCUUUAGUACUUCUUGAGAUAAUCUUAAAUGGGCUAUUUUGAGACGCCAGGAAAUAUGAACUAAAAUGUGCUUUUAAUAUACUAUCUUUGUAUAUUUAAGCAUUUUAAGUACAUUAUAGAUGUGUACUUUUUUUCACCUGGGAACAACCCCUGUAAUAUGAUGUAUAAAGAUAUUAUUCAACUUUACCGAACUUCAAACACUUGUUUUGCAUUAAAGUAAAUUUAGCUUUUUUCGAAUAUUCCCUUUCAUGCAGUGUGUAAUGUAGCUGUCUGUGAAUGUGAACAAUUUUGUGAGCAAAGUUGUGAAGAUGAAAGUGCACAAUAAAUAAAGUUAUUGUUUCUAAAAA